GCAUGUGCAAAUAAAUAUCCACAUGAAUCAUUGAGGAAUAUCAACACAGGUAAACGUCAACACGAAGGCAUGUACAGAUUACCACACAGCUAGCAGACUCCGUCACGUUCUCCAGCCACUGUCAGUCCCCCCCACAUCACGCAGACACAGUUGUCAUACACGGGAAGACAGCGAGAAGACGACAUACACCAAACAGGUGGAAUAUACCGUGCGACAAUACCUGGCGGACAAACGGUCGCUACAGGAGGAUGACGUUCGGGAUUGACCAGACUAGCCUGGAGGCGCUGCCCCAACAUGAGCGGCUGAAGGUCUGUAAACAGAUCCGACAACAGCAGAUCGAGAACUAUGUGCACUUCCUGGCAGAGCAGGGUCGACCCCCGGUAACAAGCAGACCCAACAAGAAGAACACCACAGUCCAGUUCAGUGUCAACCACCAACUACAGACAGCCAUCGAGAGUUUUAACGACAGAGAGGUUGACAGCCUUGUGAAGCUUGGGGCUGACGUCAACUUCACCACUGCCAACAACACAACACUUCUGCACAAGUGUUGCAUGGUGGGUAAUGCAAGGGCAGCGCAGGUUUUGAUUGGCCAAGGUGCGGACGUGAAUGCAAGAGAUGAUGACUGGUGGACGCCGUUACACAUCGCAUGUUACCAUGACAACAUAGAGCUUGUGAAGCUGUUGCUAGGGAGUGGUGCGGACAUCACUCUGAUGGACAUUGACAGCAACUUCGUGUUCGAUCAUGUGAUGCAGGACUUCGAGGUGUACGACCUGAUCACCCAGCAGCAGGACCGACUCGGUCUGAAGCCCAGCCAGCAGGUGUCGCUGCGCAGGGAGAGAUGCCAGGUGCUGCAUGCUGCUGUCCAGGAGGGUCUUGAUGCUGGACACGACAUCAACGCAGUGGCGGAGGGAGGCAUCACUUGGCUGCAUAUGGCCAGUGCUAAUGGCUACCGGAAUGUUGUAAAGUUGUUGUUGAACAACAAUGCUGAUGUGAAUGCUGUUGAUGACAUUGGAUGGACUCCUCUACAUGUUGCAGCAAAAUACAGCCAGGUAAAGAUUGUUCGUCACCUGCUGAAGCACGGGGCAGACAGUGAGCGUGUUGACCAGCACAGGCGGAAGGCCCUGGAGGUGGCCGGCACAGAGGAGGUACAACGGGUCAUCCUGGAAGCCCGGCGCCGCAUCAUUAGUUGCAGCAUCGUCCCAACUACACAGGACUCUGACGAUGAAUUAGAGGCUAAUGAAACCAUCGUCAGUAAAACCAUGCAUGCAGCACACCUGAAUCUGUCACACUCUGACAAGCUGCUGGAGUCACAGAUCCGGUAUGGGCAGCAGGCAGCAGUGCAUGAUGGGAUGGACGAAGAUGAGGAUGACGACAGCAGCGACACGGCCUACAUCUCCGCAAUCUGGAAAGUUGCAGAUUCUGAGGAGGCCAAUCUUCCCAAGUCACAUGACACUGAUGAUCUCACGACGUUCCCGGACCUGACAGAGAAGGCGAUGGUGGAGACACUACAGGCACGCUAUGCCAAGCGGCUGAUCUAUACAUACAUUGGGGACAUCCUGCUGGCGGUCAACCCUUUCACUGAACUGCCGUACUACGCCAAGUCUAUCAGCAGAGAGUACCACGACUACUCCCACCUGGCGUCUCUCAGCCCCCAUGUGUACGCCAUCGCGGAGCAGGCACACCGCCACCUGGUGGCCAGUCAGGUAUCCCAGUGCUGCAUGAUCAGCGGAGAGAGUGGGUCGGGCAAGACUGAGUCAUGCAAGUUCCUCGUCCAGCAUCUCCUCCGUGUGUCUGAAAGUACCGAAACUGGUCUGAGCAGUAAAAUAAACCAGGUGAAUCCUCUGCUGGAAGCGUUUGGCAACGCCCGGACGGUGAUGAACGACAACUCCAGCCGGUUUGCCAAGUGUCUGGAGGUCAGCUACACCGUGGAGGGAGGCAUUCUUGGAGCUAAGAUGUCCCAGUACCUGCUGGAGAAGUCACGUGUUGUUCACCAGGGUCGAGGAGAGAAGAACUUUCACAUCUUCUACUGGAUGUUGUCGGGCAUCACUCCGGAGGAGGCUAACUCGUGUCUGUUUGACAAGGAGUAUGACUUCAGGUACCUUCAGAGUGAUGGCCGGGAUGUCCAGCACAAGCUGGUGUCUGAGGACUGUCGGAAGUUCUGGGACGUCAAGAACUGCCUCCACUAUGUGGGAUUCGCCAGUGAGGACCUGAUGGGGCUGACCACAACUCUGGCGGCCAUCUUGCAUCUGGGAAAUGUCCGCUUUGUGUCCAUCCUGGAGAACCAGGCCUGCGACGUCGACAACUACAACACACUGCAGAAAGUGUGCAAGCUGUUGAGGGUGGAGUUUGAAGACCUGAGGCUUUCACUUGUAGAGGAGUCUAUGACAGCAAGAGGUGAGGAGUUGCGGCGCCCCCUGUCUGUGAGUGAGGCGGAGGACAGCCGAGAUGCCCUGGCCAAGGCCCUGUACUCUCGCAUAUUCAGCUGGCUGGUGAAUGGAAUCAACAACACAAUCCAGCCUGUCGAUCCCAGUGAGACCAGCCUAAGUGUUUCUAUCCUGGAUAUAUUUGGAUUUGAGAACUUGAAGAACAAUGGCUUUGAGCAGAUCUGCAUCAACCUGGCCAAUGAGCAGCUGCAGAUGUUUUUCAACGAGCGGGUGUUCCAGCAGGAGAGACAAGACUGCCUGCUUGAGGGCGUUCCUGUCAUUGAUGUUGGUUGUCCUGGAAACCAUAGUGCUAUCAGCCUCUUCCUAGAGAAGAACACAGGCAUCCUAGCGCUACUGGAUGAGGAGAGUUUGCUGAAGCAGGCCACAGACAGAAGCCUGGCCACCAAGCUGCACCAGGGGCCAGGUGCCAAGUACCCCACCGUAUACAAGACUCCCCGGGACAAGGGCACCAGCUUCACCAUCGUCCACUACGCAGGCAGCAUCUGCUACAACCUGACCGGCAUGCUGGACAAAAACAGGGACACCUUGCGGGGAGCCCUCGGCUUUGCCAUGAGAUCCAGCACAAGUCUGCUGAUCAAGGACCUGUUCCAGGCGGGGAUGACGAAGACCGGCUCCAUCAAGCCCAGCACCAGACAGCUCUCCCUGCAGCGGGAGCUGAGUUUCAAGAGGCAGCUCAAGACAUCCAAGUCCCCGUUUGAGUUCUUCAAGAAGAUGAAAGGUCCAAAGAUGGAGAGACCUGAGCAGAGACGUGAGCGGCUGACUGCCACAGGGACCACAAGGAAGGGCCCCGCCACCAUGGCCUACCAGUUCAAGAACUCCCUGACAGACAUGAUGGCGAAGCUCCAGUUGUGUCAGCCCCACUUUGUGCGGUGCAUCAAGCCGAACGAGACGAAGGCAGCGCUGGGUUUCACCACGGAGUACGUCAAGGCCCAGCUGCUGUACACGGGCGUGCUGGAAACUGUCAGGAUACGGAAACACGGCUACGCACUCCGGAUCUCUUUCCCCAGCUUCCUGGCCAGGUACCGCUGCUUUGACGUCCUUGUCAACUCUCUCAGGAAGGGGAUGGUGACGCCAGAGCAGGCGUGCCGGGACGUGCUGAAUCAUUGUCACAUCACAAACUAUCAGAUCGGAAAAUCAAAAGUUUUCCUGCGCCAGGGUCAAGUGGAUACAAUGGACGAGAAGGUCAGAGAGGUCAAGGGCAAGGUCGUCAAAUGCCAAGCUGCGAUGCGAGGAUUCACGGCAAGGAGACAGAGGAAACAUUCCUUGAAGCAGGUUGCAGUGGAGACUGACCAGAUCACAGCCUUCUUGGAGGAUGUCGCGAGGCAGCAGUGGAGACUCUCGGAUUGGCUGAAAGACGAGAUGGACCACGACACUCACCGACAUGGCACAACCAACAGAUUACAACGAGAGGCCAGCAAGUCGCUGGAAGCCCUGGACGAGAUGCUGGACCUGUACGAGAGUGAAGGGAGGACUGGUGUGCAGGUGCUGCACCUCCCUGACAAGACCCCCAUGUACGCCCGCGUGCACCACGCUGUGGCGGAGAGCUCCACAGACGACAUCAGUCAGGACGACAUGUACGUGGACUGCACGUCGGGGGUCAGCCCUGACUUCACAGAUGACACGAGCGUCAGCAGCGCGUGUUUCUCCGUGGCGCGGACCGAGGACUCUGGUGUGGAGGAAGGUGACGAGGAGUGGUACCGUGAUGGUGCAUCAACGUCAGGGACGACACUAACUGCUGGCCCCCAACCGGAGGACAUGGACUCGCCGCGGCAGUUCCCCCCCUCCCCGAGGGACAUGUACUAUGGCUUCUAUGAAACCAUCCCAGCCAACGGUCACAAGGUGGACAAACGCCAUCCCCCGAAUGUUCCAGAGCGGGCGCCGGAAACCAGACUGUCCACAUUCUCCCCUCGGUCUUCCUCUGCGUCGUCCGGCAUCUACAACGAACCUGACGACGCCAGCACUCAGUGGCAGACGUCUGCUCCCACGUCACCUCGGGUGAAAGCCAAACUUAUUCAUGGACUCCAGCCAGGAUCUCCGAGACACCAGGAAAACAAACCCUUCUCCUAUGGAGUAAGUUUCCCAGCAUCGCCAAAACACCAAGGUCAAGGACAGUGUAAUGGUAAUGACCUAAAUGGGCAGCGGGGUCGCACAGGCUCAACAGGUAGUGCUCACUCAAGUGAAAACCCUUAUGCUCGAUGGAUUCACGUUGAUCAGGAGGAAUCGGAGUUACCCCCCUUUCCUGUGGACAAUCAAUCCGCCUACCACCAGGUGCACUGUGUUCCCAACUCCCCUGUGUAUGAUGGACCUUCACCGACACCUGCCUACGGAGUACACAGUUCCCCCUACCCACCCCACGCAGGCCGAGUGAACCCAGUGCCGCCUCCUGUACCCCCACCAAACCCUUGCCACAGCCCCACCCCUGUGAACGUGUCGUCACAGAUCCAGCAGUUGAAGAACAAUGCCAUCAGCGGCCACCCCCAUCCCCAUCCCCACCAGUCUCCCCCCCUCCCCCAGACUCCCCGCAGUCCCGGCUCGCCCAAGAUGGUCGCCAAACUCCACAGUCUGAAAGUCGGCCCCAAGAUUCCGGACCCGGGGAUGAAGAUGGAUCACCCUGUUCCUCCCCCACCAAACUUUCCUGCGCCACCCCCGCCCGUGUCUCCACAAGAUCGGUACCAAGCCGUGGUACAGGACAGAACACGGGGCAGGUCUCCGUCACCGCCCCUACCCCCGCCCCCGCUAGAUGGCGCUGCCAGUCGGGGGGUGUCUGCUGUUCCCCCUCCCCCGCCUCCAAUAUCCACCAUACCCACCAGCAAUGCCAAAGCUACCCGUGCCAAGGAGAGGGAUGUCGCCCGACCCAACCCACCGACACAGAACGGGGACGAGGUCAAGGCCACACAGCUGAUGGCGGAGAUCGGCAAUAUUAAACUGAAGAGGGUCAACAGCCCCCAGGCAGCUGCCCCUGUGGCACCAGUGCAGCCAAUGAUGGACAACGGUGGCGGCGCCUCCCCGCUCAACUUCCGCCUCCGUCCCACACCAAAUGCUGUCAACAUCUACAAGGACGGUCGCGAUGACACAACAAGGGAACCGCCUGUGGAAGAGUUACCUCCCCCUCCUCCGCUGGACAUGGAGCCAGAACCGGAGCCAGAACCCACAAGACCAGUUGCCGUGGUGACAGCUCAGCCACAUGAGCAGAAGAAGACGAAAGCUGGCAAAGGAAAGAAAGAGAGGUCCCCCUUACCUUACAACAUGGAUCUCGAGAUACCUGACGACAUCGACAUCAGCAGUGUGCCAGGAGUGGUCCCUAUCACACAGGACACGCCCAACUGGAAGCGAGAGAUGGUAGAAAAGAAGAACAGAGAGAAGAUAGAGGAAUAUGUUAGGAAGAUCCUGCGGGAGAGGGAGGAGCAGGCCAAGUGGAAGGACGUCCCAGAGUGGAAGAGGAAGAUCCUCAUGAAGAAGUCCCAGGAGGAACAGGAUGCAGCUCUGGCCAAGGAUGUUCCAGAGGAGCCUAAAGUAGUUGUAGGGAAGAAAGCCCCACAGAUUGAGCGCCCCUCCAACACUGACUGUGGUGUCCCCAAGACAAACGCCAACAUUACCCCUGCUGCCAUGGCGAUGGACCCUGCAGAACUGGAGAGCAUGCCGCCAUGGAAACGAGAGCUCUUGUUCAAGAGAGAGAAAGUACCAAUGACAUUUUUCAACGAAUUUAAUCCUGACGAUGAAGAGGAAGCACCUCCGAGUUGAUUGGUUAAAAAUGUGAUAUUUUUUUCUGCUGAUCAUUUUCUCGGAAACAAGACGAAAAGUGAACAAAAUUACUGAGGUGUUUCUGUGUCUUCUACUGGAGCAGAACAGGGUUCCAGGCGACACAGAUGUGACGCGCGACACACGUGUCAGCAACACAGACAUUUGUGUCAAUGCGACCUUCACGACAAGGUCACUCAUUGUAUCAUGUACAUGUAGCUGUGUCCGUCAAUGUUGUGUCUUGGAUGUGUGUCGGCUAUGUCUUGGUCAAGGUCAAGGUCAGUGAAGGCUAUUGUUCUUGUUGGAUGACCUCUGUGACCUCUAGGACUGGCAAAGACCUGAAUGACUGUAUAUUUAUAACCAAUCCCGCAGCAUUUUGCAUAUUAUUGUUGUGUGUUGCUUAGCAACAGCUACAGAAUCUGCCAAUCAAAAUUCUUUUGUAUGCAUUUAUAACAUAUUUAUGAAUCAAACAAACAAACACAGUGUUUAGAGAAAGACUGAUAUACUUAAUUCCUGCUAGGUGCAACAAAAUCUAUGCAGUUUAUUUCCAUGUUUGAUUCAGAUUACAAGCACCUCUGUCUGUGCCACAUGGGUCAUCUCUCCGUGGUGCGCUGUGGAGGUACUGCUGUCUGCAGUGUCAAGCAUAAUACUGGUUUGUCAGAUGGAUUUUGAAAAAUAAAUAAAAUCAGGGAAUUCCGGCACAGCCUCACCUAUGUGCCAACACCAGAACAACACCCCCAGUGACACACCGCAAGACAGUGUCGGAUGUCACCAGUGUCAGACAUCACCAGUGACACACACCGCAAGACAGUGUCAGACAUCACCAGUGUCAGACAUCACCAGUGUCAGACAUCACCAGUGUCAGACAUCACCAGUGACACACACCGCAAGACAGUGUAGGACAUCACCAGUGUCAGACAUCACCAGUGUCAGACAUUACCAGUGUCAGACAUCACAAGUGACACACACCGCAAGACAGUGUAGGACAUCACCAGUGUUGUACAAGACAGUUUUCUCCAUCGCGGGUGUUUUACAAAACCAGACAGUGUCGGACUUCUUCUAGCCAGUAGGUGGACGCCACUAGUUGCUUCCAGCUGAAGUGUCUGUGACGUUGUCAGGGAAGAGUCUCUAUGUCAGCCUGUGUACUGGUCUGUUGUACAUGGGUAUUUGUCACUCUACAUUUUAUAUGGAUGUUUUUUUACAUGAAUGUAAUGAUUACCAGCAAGUGAACUUGUCAAAUGUGUAGAAGUUGUUGGUGUUAGAGAGAAAGGUCUUCCAAUGGAUUGACUAACACAGGGUCUGUCUGCAUAACACUGACCUCUGUCUCACCCUUGUGGGAGAUUGAGUCUACAUAACACUGACCUCUGUUUCACCCUUGUGGGAGAUUGAGUCUACAUAACACUGACCUCUGUCUCACCCUUGUGGGUUAAGACUUACCUCUGUCUAACCCUUGUGAGAGAUUGAGUCUGCAUAACACUGACCUCUGUUUCACCAUUGUGGGAGAUUGAGUCUACAUAACACUGACCUCUGUUUCACCCUUGUGGGAGAUUGAGUCUACAUAACACUGACCUCUGUCUCACCCUUGUGGGUUAAGACUUACCUCUGUCUAACCCUUGUGAGAGAUUGAGUCUGCAUAACACUGACCUCUGUUUCACCAUUGUGGGAGAUUGUGUCUACAUAACACUGACCUCUGUCUCACCCUGGUGGGUUAAGACUUACCUCUGUCUCCCCCUUGUGAGAGAUUGAGUCUGCAUAUGUCUUGCCAAAGCCUGUUGUGGGAAUGUCUGUGAGUCUACUCAGUUAAACAGGGAAGUCUGAUAUUAUGUGUUUAUGAAACUAGCAGCGAUGUUCCUGUUAUUUCCCUGUUCCCCUGUUCCUUGUCCAGUCAUCAGAGAGCCUGAGCACAAUGCAAUGGGUGAAAUAUCUUCCUGUUACCGACAACAAUGGUGGAUCAAGGCAGGUUUGUCCCUAUACAUGUUGCCCCCCCUACCCCCCCAGCCCACCACCACACACACACCAUCUAUCGUUAGAUUGUAUUAUUGAAACCUCCCAGCCCACCAUUAGACACACACCAUCUAUUGUUAGAUUGUAUUAUUGAAACCUCCCAGCCCACCAUUAGACACACACCAUCUAUUGUUAGAUUGUAUUAUUGAAACCUCCCAGCGAACCAUUAGACACACACCAUCUAUUGUUAGAUUGUAUUAUUGAAACCUCCCAGCGAACCAUUAGACACACACCAUCUAUUGUUAGAUUGUAUUAUUGAAACCCUCUCAGCCCACCAUUAGACACACACCACCUAUUGUUAGAAUCUCACUAUCAGAGAAUUUAUGUCUUCCAGUGAACAUUAUUGGUAAUUCAGUCAUGAUGUGUGUACGCUGUGUUGUGUAGACAGGCCCACACAACUUGCUGUCAUAUAGCUGGAAUAUUGCUUAGUGCGGUAUUAAACAACAAAUAAAACACAUAGCUUAACCGGCCCACACAUUACUUACACACUGUGUUGUGCAAACCGGCCCACACGUGACUAACUGUAUUGUGCAGACCGGCCCACACAUGACUUACACACUGUAUUGUGCAGACUGGCCCACACAUGACUUACACACCGUGUUGUGCAGACCGGCCCACACAUGACUUACACACUGUGUUGUGCAGACCGGCCCACACAUGACUUACACACUGUGUUGUGCAGACUGGCCCACACAUGACUUACACACUGUUGUGCAGACCUGCCCACACAUGACUUACACACUGUGUUGUGCAGACCGGCCCACACAUGACUUACACGCUGUGUUGUGCAGACCGGCCCACACAUGACUUACACACUGUUGUGCAGACCGGCCCACACAUGACUUACACGCUGUGUUGUGCAGACCGGCCCACACAUGACUUACACACUGUUGUGCAGACCGGCCCACACAUGACUUACACACUGUGUUGUGCAGACAGGCCCACACAUGACUUACACACUGUGUUGUGCAGACUGGCCCACACAUGACUUACACACUGUGUUGUGCAGACCGGCCCACACAUGACUUACACACUGUGUUGUGCAGACCUGCCCACACAUGACUUACACACUGUGUUGUGCAGACCUGCCCACACAUGACUUACUCAAUAUAUGUCCCAUUUGAUGUAGUGGAAUGGAUUUUGUAAUGCAGUAUUUUGUUGUGGUAAAUCUCCGUGACAGAUUCAAGUAGAACUAUCUUUUACAUACACCUGUAUUUUGGAUACUUUAUGACAUAUUUAUUGCUUUUAUCUGCAGCUAUGCACGGAGUGGCUCUCUAUUCAGAGAUAGAUGUCCUGUGCUUGGUACUCCCGGAUGUAGACUCCAUCGGGUACAUCCCAGUUUAAACAAACCUAAUGUAGAUAUGUACUGGCACAGGAGCGUUAACCCUGGCCUCCUUUCAGACUCAUUAGAUAUGCAUGUUCGUCAUUUAGUUUAAUUUUUGGGUUGUUUGUAACUUGAAUGACAAAAUCAAGAUUUGAACUUCACAGCGGUAAGCAUUUGUUGCAGUUUAGUUUGUGUUCAAGUUUUACUCAAAAAUUAAUUUUGUAUAACAUUUAUUGUUCAUUUGUAGCAGAUUAUCUUAAAUAUUUGGUGCUGAACCAUUGAGUAUUGACAAUCAUAACCGCUCAAAGCCUGCUUUAUGUAUCACAGUUGUGUGGUGGACAGGAUUCAGUAAGUCCUGGCUCCUGCUGAUGUAUGGGGAACUACUCUGACUCAGUAUCUUCAUGGGCCUUAUUCCUCAUGGUGACCCCAGCUCUACAGCUCUCUGUGAUUCACGAAACUCAAUGGCUAUAGCUCUACAGCUCUCUGUGAUUCACGAGAUUCAAUUGUUAUAGCUCUACAGCUCUCUAGAGUCUGUGAUUCACGAGAUUCAAUGGUUAUAGCUCUACAGCUCUCUAGUGUCUGUGAUUCACGAGAUUCAAUUGUUAUAGCUCUAUGACUAUCUGGAGUCUGUGAUUCACGAUAUUCUAUUGUUAUAGCUCUAUGACUAUCUGGAGUCUGUGAUUCACGAUAUUCUAUUGUUAUAGCUCUAUGACUAUCUGGAGUCUGUGAUUCACGAUAUUCUAUUGUUAUAGCUCUAUGACUAUCUGGAGUCUGUGAUUCAUGAGAUUCAUUCAUCAUAGUGCUCAGUUGACCUUGUGGAAUGAGGUACUGUGACCUUGUUGACCUAUGUGACAGUCAAGGUCAGUGUCACAAGGAAAUACUGGUAGAGAUUUUCCCGGAAGUUUGCUGCUAAGAGUUUUAUGAAGGAUGCAGUCAUGUCUUGCUUUGACAGCAGCUGCAUGCUACACCCAUCUAUGUUUACAGUAUUUGCUCUACCCCCAACAGUAUUGUACAUCACCAUCAGUAUUGACCAGCCGGGCUCACAGAUUCACCAGCCAUGUUUAGGCUUCCAGUUCCGACACAAUGAAAUCCAACUAAACACAGCUGCCAUCCAGCACCAGCUCUGACUCGGUGAAAUCCAACUAGAACACAGCUGCCAUCUAGCACCAGCUCCGACUCGGUGCAUGACAGACUGAGUCAACUCCCAGAACAUACUGAACCCUUCUCAUGUAUGUAGGAUGGCCAUCAGGUUGUUAAUGCUUGCAAAGAAGGUAGUUUGUUGGUUUUUCAAAGUCACAUUAUCUACGGUUUCUAUUUCAUGGGAGGUCAAAUAUACUCAUACUGAUUUUGUAAACAACUAUUUAUUGGAUGUAUACUUGUGACAGCUUUUGAUGCAAACCUGCUGUAUACUUAACACCCUACAUCAGCCUGACUGACCUUGACCUAGUGACCUUGGAAAUAGAGAGCAGACUUUACGUAACUGAAAUGUGCUUUGACACAAACAUUUGACGGAGUUCGUGGAUUGUUCCUUGAAAUUUCUUGUUUUAAUGAUAAUCAUAAAGUGCUCAUCAAGGUCAAGGUCAUUUAUCAAUGUCACUUCUGUGGCAGCAGGCUCCCAAUAUGCUCUAACACAGUGGAGCUCGGCCCCCAUCAAUCUCAUCCGUACAUGCAAGUGUGCCAACCGAUUCAACCACCGAUGCCCUCUUUUGUUCCACCCAAACUUUGUUUUACUGAUGUAGGCCUCCCCUGCAUGCUUCGUUGUAUGACUUGCUGCCCCGCGUAGACCACCUUGCAAUGAGAACCGGUUUGAUUGGGUUCGUAUAUUUACACAUUACACCUGUCUGUAGAUAUUUUCCUGAAAUGCUCAGAUUUUCAGAACUUUAGUAUUUUCCAGCCUUUACCUGUUCUUAUUUGUAGAUAUAUUUUUUGUGUUUUAUGUACAGAAUUGUCACUUACUGGUCAUGAAAAUAAACAUUUUCAUCCACA